UUUAACUUGUUAAAUUCCCCAAAAUAUUUCGUGUGUGAAACAAACUGAACAUAUUUUUUUUUGACGUUCGAUUUCGAUUUCGUUUCAACAAAUUUGAACAAGUGAAUUUGUGAUUGUGACCCUUCAAGCUUCUUUUCGCAGAUUUGGGAUCGACGAACGAAUCUUUUUUUUCUUUACUGACAAAAAGAUGAACUUCGUUUUCUAUUCUUGGGUUUUUAUGUUGAUGAUUCACUGAAGCGAUUGCAAUUUCGUAAGGCUUCGUUGUUCUGGUGUGAGGUGAGGGACUCAAAAAGAGAAAAUGGAGUUUAAGGAGAUUAGAUCCGUGAUUGAGAGAUCUAUGCGUUAUAAUGAACUGUUUCAACAACCUCUGCAUCAAGAAAAGAUGAGUGUUGUUAAGAGUUCUAUCCAAAACUCCGAUUCUGGUUUCAGAGUGGUUCCAACGAAGGAGCUCUGUCGAGUUUAUCUCCAGAAACCCAAUUUGUUGGCUUCUAAAGGUGUAAUUGAUGCACAAGCCAAGCCUCCUCACAGGAGAUUUGGUAGGCGUUAUGAUCAGCAAAACUUGAAGUCGACGAAGCUGAGACAUCAUCAUAUUCAUACAAGUGUUAAUGAUCCUCUGAAACCCAAAAUGGAGGAGAAGAAAGAUAAUUCUCAGAGAUAUUUUACUCCUCUUGGUUUCAGUAGUGCUUCUCAUUUGGGAUAUAGGAAGAAAGGAAAAGACUUUUUAGUUGAGAAGAGUUCCAAGGAAAUGAAUAAUAAACUUUGUGAUGGUACUUCUUCAUUUGGUCAGAAGAAGGAGAGAGUUGUGGGAGAAGUAAAAUCCAGUUUGAUGGUUAGUACAUCUAGGGACAAAGUUGCAGCAGAUGUGAAUUUCAGGGAUGCAUCUUCUUCAGAUUUCAUUAGCAAGGAUAAAAACGAUGAUUGUUCCAAUGCAUCUCCGGAAUGUCAGACGAACUCAGAAGAAGCUCAUCAACCUAGUCCUGUUUCUGUUCUAGAGCCAAUGUUUUACGAAGAUAUCUUAGACGACAGUGAAGAUCUCGAUUUUCAAAGUCUAGAGGAACAGCUUGAGACCCUGAAAUCUGAAUCUGCGAGUUAUUCAGAUGGGAGUGGGAUGGAAGUAUCGAGCGAUGAGGAGUCUAUGGUCGGUUCUGAAGUCAAAGAAAGCAAGGACGUUGAAAAAAUUGAGUUCUUGGAUACUCAACAAAGCAGGGACUCUUCGUACAUUGAUGAUAUCUUGGCUGAAGCUGUACAAGGGGACAAGAUUUGGGUUCCUGACAAACGGAAUUUAGCCAUCAGCCCCAAAAUCUUCGAGAAACUGGAGAAGAAGUAUUACACAGAGACAUAUUGGAAGAGUUCUGAAAGAAGGAUUUUGUUUGAUAGAGUCAAGUCAAGCCUGGUCGAGAUUCUAGAAUCGUUUUCAGCUACACCGACAUGGAAGAAACCCGUUUCUAGGAGGCUUGGCACUGCGCUAAGCACAUUUGCACUGAAACAAGAACUCUGGAAAGUGCUUGCUAAGCAAGAGAAGCGAGCCAAUAAGAAAUCAUUGGCCAAAGUGCCAGUCAUAGACAUUGAUGAGUGGUUAGAACUUGAAGCUGAUGAUGAGUCAGUGGUUUGUGAAUUAGAAAGUAUGAUAGUGGAUGAUUUGUUGGCUGAGGUUGUCAGCUUCAUGUAGGGUGUAGAGUGAUUCUUUUCAUUCUUUUUCAUUUCACAUUGCAUUCUCUGCAUUUUAUUUGAGAUAUAGAAAACAGAGUAGUAGUUGCAUUUGGCUUGCAUCAUCAAAGGGAGAUGUAUAGCAUUUGAGGGAGUUGUGUAUACAAAUAGUUUCUUUAUCAGGUCUAGGGUUGGCCUCUUAGCAAGUCUGUCACAUUGCUUCAAAAGCCUAUUGUGUGACUUGUACCCAUUUGUCAAAGUAUUUCAACAAGUUUUUUUGUGUGAAUGAAACAAGAAUUUGAUUGAAACAGUCUCAUUGAAAUAAAUUUCUUUGGAAUUUAGAUUUA